AUGAGUAGUGCCUCCCCAACAAAGAAGCCUCGAGGGACAAUUGCCAAGGGCAAGGGCAAGGCAAAGCAGGAUGCCAUUAUUUCUGAUGCUGAGGAAAAUGUGUUUCUUGCCAGGAAAUCAAGCAGCAGUAGUGAGGUGUACAUCGGGAAGCAGAGACUUGAACCAGUUGUAGAAGUAUCUGAGGUGAAGAGCUCAUUGAAGAAGAAGAAGGGCAAGGAUGUUGUUAACAAAGAUGAUGUUUCACCCAUCGCGGGUGCUGUUUAUGCAAGUCCAGAGUACAAGUGUCAGCCACCCGAGGGCAACAAGCACUGUCUGCAACUGGACAGAAGUAAGAUCAACGGUUGGCUCAAGGACACAUACAAGAACAUGUGGCCCCUGAAGAAAGAUGUUCCCAACCAUCCAAGCAUCAGGGCAGAUGAUCUUGUUGCAUCAUUUACGGAGCAGGGCAUUCAGUUCCAGACUGCUGCCCUUAAGAAGACCCUCACCUUCUCAUUCAGGAUGAUGUGGCUUGUGAACCCUGCCCGUGCAUGUCCAGACAACUUUGGAGCCAUGGGGACGGGGUACUACCAGCCAGUUGUCACCUUUGAAGAUCAUGCUGUCAUCAAUGUCACGUUUGGGGUGGUUGAGCACAGUCAUUUGAUCACUGCAGGUGAAUUCAAGACUGGUGUUGGCAUGCGGACUAGCAAGUCCAUUGCUAUCAUACCCCUUGAUGUGGAGUUUGACCUUGCUUGGGCUUUCUGGUGUGAGGUGCUGGGACAGCCUGAGCUGUCCUCACCGGCUGUUAGCAACAACUACGUCAACUUUGGCACUACUCUGGAGCAGGUGGACAAAUGUGAUGCAUUUACUUCCAGUUGUGGCAAGGUCAACCUCGACAAGUACAUCAACAGCCCUGCCAAGCAUACAGCCUCCACAUCGACAACCCCCUCACGCACUCCUCGUAAACCCAGUCUGCACUCACCCGUACCCAUCCCCAAAUAA